AGUCUCCUCUCCUUGGGCCAACUCGCCGGUGUCCGGCCGGAAGAGGGGGGUUGGACUACAACUCCCAGAGUGCAGUGGAGGGGCCGGGCCCUGGCUACCCACCGACCCAUGCCAGCCGAGUGGCACUAAGGUCGGGUGCGCUGGCCGCGGCCGCAGUGCAGUGAUGACUACCAUGCUGUGGAGCGGGGGCCGGCGCCUCACAGUGGCCCUGGGCUGCCUGCGCGGCGCUCUUUGGGCGCAGACUCAGAGGGCCCUCAGGCAGCUGGUCUCCUGCAUCGACCCUUCCAUAGGACUCAAUGAAGAGCAGAAAGAAUUUCAGAAAGUGGCCUUUGACUUUGCUACCCGGGAAAUGGCUCCAAAUAUGGCAGAGUGGGACCAGAAGGAACUGUUCCCAGUGGACGUGAUGCGGAAAGGAGCCCAGCUAGGCUUUGGGGGGGUCUACGUUCGAACAGAUGUGGGUGGGUCUGGACUGUCACGGCUUGAUACCUCUGUCAUUUUUGAAGCCUUGGCUACAGGCUGUACCAGCACCACAGCUUACAUAAGCAUCCACAACAUGUGUGUCUGGAUGAUUGACACGUUUGGAAAUGAGGAGCAGAGGCACACAUUCUGCCCCCGACUCUGCACCAUGGAGAAGUUUGCUUCCUACUGCCUCACUGAGCCAGGAAGUGGAAGUGACGCUGCUUCCCUUUUGACCUCAGCUAAACGACAAGGAGAUCAUUACAUCCUUAAUGGCUCCAAGGCCUUCAUUAGUGGUGGUGGUGAGUCGGACAUCUACGUGGUCAUGUGCCGCACCGGAGGACCAGGCCCCAAAGGCAUCUCAUGCAUAGUUGUUGAGAAGGGAACCCCUGGCCUCAGCUUUGGCAAGAAGGAGAAAAAGGUCGGGUGGAACUCCCAGCCAACACGAGCCGUGAUCUUUGAAGACUGUGCUGUACCUGUGGCCAACAGAAUUGGGAGUGAGGGGCAAGGCUUCCUCAUAGCCAUGAAAGGACUGAACGGAGGGAGGAUCAAUAUUGCCUCCUGCUCUCUGGGAGCUGCUCAUGCUUCAGUCAUCCUCACCCGAGACCACCUUAAUGUUCGCAAGCAGUUUGGAGAACCUCUGGCCAGUAACCAGUACCUGCAGUUUAAACUGGCCGAUAUGGCAACCCGGCUGGUGGCCUCACGGCUCAUGAUCCGUAACGCAGCCGUGGCCCUACAGGAGGGGCGAGAGGAUGCUGUGGCCCUGUGCUCCAUGGCCAAGCUCUUUGCCACGGACGAAUGCUUUGCUAUCUGCAACCAGGCUCUACAGAUGCACGGAGGAUAUGGCUACCUGAAAGACUAUGCUGUUCAACAGUAUGUGCGGGACUCCAGAGUCCACCAAAUCCUAGAAGGUAGCAAUGAAGUGAUGAGGAUGAUUAUUUCUCGAAGCCUGAUUCAAGAGUAGUACCCAGAGUUGAUAUUCCGGCAGGUUUCGUACACAGUAGGACUCAGUGUUGAAUGGGUCCAGGUGGAUGUUCUGCUAUAAAUGACUCCUGGAUUGAAGGCUGGGCUCUUGUAGGGCUGGACCAUCACCUCUAUAUGUGGGCAACAGCUUCUACUCUAGGAGUGGACACCAGCAGAACUGACGGAGCAGCCCUGAUCAGAAACAGCACAGAAGACAUACUGCCUUGUUUUCCUAAUGCCAGAAAUGUGACUCGUGAAGAAUCACCAUCAAACCAAAAGUCCUUUCUGGGAGCCACAUUGUCUAGAUUUGUGUGCAUUUUGCUGGUUCACCGCAUCCCUCUUCUAGUCAUCUGGGUACUUUCACUGAGGGCUUUUCCUAUUAAUAAAGCAAAGGUGUGGGAAAGGGGAACUAGAGAAAAAACGGCCUCCUAUCUUGUUCUCUGUAUCUGGACUGAAGAUGCAGGUUUCGUGAGCAGCACUUCUUUUGAGUAUAAAUCAAGAUAUAAUCAGUGCUUGGGAGACCCUACUGCUGAGCUGUGAUGUAGAAUGUGUCUUCACUCUGGACUACUCAAAAUCAAGGGGUGAGAUUAUUUGGAAAUUUCCAUUUAUAUGCUAAUGCUAGGGGAGCAAUAAAGUUGACUUGAGUAAUGACAGGAGUAUUUGUUCUUUGUCCUUUUUAGAAAAAUGUGGUACCUGUUCCGUUGCUGUCGAGUCGAUUUCAACUCAUAGUAACCCUAUAGGACAGAGUAGAACUGUCCCACAGGGUUUCCAAGGAGAGCCUGGUGGAUUCGAACUGCUGACUUUUUGUUUAGCAGCCAAGCUCUUAACCACUGCACCCCCAGGGUAGUAGGGGAAUGAUAUUCGGGGUUUCCGUAACUCUUCCUGAUAAGUACUCUGAAUAAAUUUUUUCCUAUCUGGAUUUUUCUUCUCUUUUUUGAAGUUGCCUUCUUUUUAAAUACAGGUAUGCUCUGAUUUACAACAGGGUUUUGUUCCAGCUACUCCAGCAUGAGUUGGUUCUGACCUAAGUCGAAUGCCUCUUUUUUUUGGUUUUCAUAGUGUGUUUAUAUGGCAGUAUUUUUGAACAUCUGCGAUUGAACAUUUGAGAAUGAUAACAUCAGCAAAUUACACACCGCAACAUUGUAUGUAAAAAAAAAAAAAAAUGAUAAGACGUACAAAAAAACCCCAGACAAGUCAAAAGUGCAGUUCUUCGUAACUGGAAUACGUCGUAAGUUGGGGACUACCUGUACUUUUAGCCACUGUAUUGGCAAAAUCUACCCCUCUCUGUAUUGUUCAGUUCUACUAAAGUUUAUUUCUAUUUUUUUAGCUAAGCCUUUACAAGUAUUUAUUUUAUCAUUAUAUUUGAUUAAAUAUUUCAUUCAAUUUUGGACUAAUAAUCAAAAAACUUCUCCUUGCCCAAUUUGGCUUCUAAAAUGUGUAAAAAAAAAUGUAGGCCCCUUUAAUUAGUACUAGCUUUUCAAACUCAGCAUUGUUCAUGAUUUAUGAAAAUAGAUUUAAAGUAAUAUUCAAAGAUAGAGACUUUUUGGAGAACACUAUUAUAAAUGAUCAUUACAUUAUCCCACCCUGUCAUCUCUUUAGAAAAAAAUGUGCAAGAUUUCCUAUUAGCUUCAGGUCA